UAUAAACCAGCACAUGGAGCUUACAUUGAGGUGCAGUCAAAGCACAUCCACAUUUACUCGGCAGUGCUGGUUGUCCACGCUUACUUUACGGGAGUCAGGUACAUACUAUUUAACUACCCCAUCUUCUCGGCUGUGUUUGGCAUAAGCUUCAACAUGACCUUCCUAUCGAUGAUAGCCCUGUUGUCAUGGUACCAGUUUCUAUGGCAACGAGAGUCACAGCAGGUAGUUACCAGGAUUGGCUUUGAGGCAUCGUCAUUUGAACUGAGGAGGUCUGCAACCAGAGAGAGACUGAACAGGGAUAGACACAGUUCUUCGAUUCGACACAACCGAUCGUAUCGCUACGACGGCGGCGACAGCGCGCCAACUACGCGUGCCGAGCUCGUCCUGAGGGCGGCGCAACGCCACGCGGUCAGAGAGGGCAUGGGGUCGUCUGAGCCGCCGCGCAGCCGGUGGAAGCGGCCAGCGAGGGCAUCGGGUCGUCAGAGCCCGCCGUUGCAGGAGGAAGCCGUCAGCGAGGGCAUCGGCGUCGUCGGAAGCCGCCGUGCAGCCGGGGAGAAGCGCAGCGAGUACAAGCGAUGGCGGCGGCCGUGCUGGUGCAAUUCCUUCUGCACGCAGGAAAGAGAUGUCUGA